AUGCUCCUUUUCAACCACAUCGACGUCGUGCAGUGCGGCCACCACAGUUUGGUCCUCCGCCCUUUGAAGCUGAGGGAGAAGGACAAUAUCCUCCUCCGGUCGUACCGACAGGCCAUGCUGGACCGGAAGGAGGUCGUCAACCUCGUCCUCCAAGCAAUAUUGAUUUUUGGACAGGGUUCUUCGUGA